GCUAGCCCACGAGACCGGCAUGCUAGCACGACGGGGCAGCGGUUACUCUCCGGCUAUUCAAAAGGACUCGCCUCAGCAUCGAUUCGCCCGACACGAUUCGGCUGCCCUAGAAAGCGCAAUAAAGGCUAUCGAUCGAGCAGUGGGGCUCAUACCGUCGAUCAUCGAUGAAAAAGACUGUACAGCUUUGGUCACUUUCGUAGACAUGCGCUGUAGAUCUGCAGUAUCACAACUUAGUUUAUCUCAAGAACCUAAUUACUG